AUGUAUCCCAACAACAAUUACCCGAUGCCACAAAGCGGCAUGUACAACCAACCCAUGGGCUCUCACUGGCAAAGUCAAUACUGGAACCCACCAGGCGUGGUUGUCAAUCUUGGAAAUGGAACUGGCAACACCGGAUAUGGUCACCAGGCGAACGGCUCCCCAAGAACGUUCAAAGACAGACUCAUACACAUGCUUCCUAAAAGGGAGAGGAAGAAGACUACGGUAUUCGUGAAAUCUUACGGACCCAUCAAUGUCAGCCUUGGUCAUCGUAAGCGCCCGAGGAGUACACCACCGGUAUUCUUUGGGCCACCUCAUGUGUUCUAUCCUCCAUAUGCGCCGCAAUUCCCUGAGGCCGCUAUCCCACGUCCUCCGCCCUCUAACAAGCCGCUGGGAGCGCGCGAUGAAUACAGUUCUGGAAGCCAAGAGAGGCAAGACGAGCCGCCGAUGGCGUCUACGGUACCGCCUGCUGUGGGCUCCGCUGCAGGAUCUGGGCCGCUGUUGCAGUCAGCGCAACCAUUCCCUAGCGGCCAUGUUGCGGCUGACCAGCCCGCUUUCAGCUCAGCCCAAGGCGGACGCGACUCUGGAAUGUUAGAAAGGCCCCACGAGGCCAAUCUCCCUACGGCACCUGCGGGGGCUGCCCUAUCCUCUGCGCCGUCUGCUCCACCAGCAAUGUCAUCUGCAAACUAUCGUCCAUCGGCGCCUUACAAUGCAGGAGGAUUGGGUUACCGCGAUUUUGGAUUGGCGACGCGACCAGACGAGUACAGUCAGAUGUCACAAUACCCAGCACAGAUGCCGCCAUACUCGGCACAACAAUUUCCCCAGCCGUAUUACGGUUCAAUCCAAGCUCAAGGAAGGGGUGACAAUGCACCGGUCAUCCCACCUGGUAUCUGGCCUUGA